AUGGCUGCUAAUGAACGUCCAGAGUCGGUCUCGGAGGAGACUACACCUCUCUUGGGGUCGCCUCCGGACGAUGGGGAGGAUUCGCCGCGGGUUCGUGUGACUCGGCUGAGAGGAUCAGCGAUAAUGACCGCGAUGGGGUUGUUGCUGUUUAUCAUGACAACCAACAUGUCGAUGAUGACUACCGCGCAAUCUGAUAUCGCUGCCGAUCUGGAUGCUUUCUCCGAGACGACAUGGUUCAAUUCGGCCUUUCUUAUUGCCAUGUCCAGUCUCACUCCUCUCUCCGGUCGACUAUCCGAGAUAUUUACCCCCCGAGUCUAUAUCCUUUUCUCAUGCACGCUGCUAUCGAUCGGCCUAUUCGUGACGGCAGCGGCUCCAACACUGGCGGUUUUCCUUCUAGGAAGAACACUCACAGGAUGCGGUGCUGGCGGGCAGAUGGUCAUCGCGUUUGUCCUGACGCUAGAUUUGACAAGCAAAAAGCGCAGGGGCCUCUUCAUCGGCUUCAUCAGCGCCGGCAUGACUAUCGGCGUCUCCUCCGGUGCGGUGCUAGCCGGUCUCUUAACUCCAACUUUCGGAUGGCGCCUCAUAUUUUGGGUUCAAGCACCGCUUGCCUUACUAUUGGGUCCAGUACAGUUCCUUGCGAUCCCGAAACGUCCCGGCGACGAGCACCUGGGUGGACGCGUCCUACUGCAGAAGCUGGCGAAGGUUGAUUAUGCCGGAGCGCUGACGUUGACCCUUUCCGUUUUCCUCCUACUUUCAAGCCUUGCUGCGUCGGAAAUCAAAAUGACCCCGAUAGUCCUAUCCUUCGUCUUUCUGGCUGUUUUCUUGUUGAUCGAAUCGAGAUUUGCUGCCGAGCCAAUCAUUCCGAUCGAGGUACUCAAAAUGAGGAGCGUCCUAUUCAGCUGCCUGGCAGGUGCGAUCACGAUGAUGGCUCGCUGGGCCGUUCUCUUCUACUCGCCGGUAUACGCACUUGUUGUUCGAAACUGGUCUCCGGCCUCCGCGGGGCUGAUUUUGCUUCCCACCAAUGCCGGAUUCGGGUUGGGGGGGCUCUUGGUGGGAUGGAUCCAUAUCCGCAAAACGGGAAGCUAUUACAUCUCGGGCCUCGUGUCUUUCUUGUUGUUCGCCCUAACGAACCUCAUGUUGUCGGUGCUUUCCACGCCGGAUUCUUCCACAACUGCCUAUCUAGGCGCCGCCUUCUUGAGCGGCCUUUCCGUCGGGGCAGUCAUGAACUAUACUCUCUCCCAUUUGUUGCAUCUCACCAGUCCGGAUAUGCAUUACGUCAUCAGUGCCUUGUUAGGGAUGAGUCGAGGCUUUGCCGGAAGCUUCGGGUCCUCCAUUGGCGGGGGUUUCUUCCAGCGAGAGUUGAAGAGAGGCCUCGAGGCGGGAUUCACGAAGCAUGGGCUCACCGGCCGGGAUGAGCUGAUUCGCAAACUGCUCGGAAGUCCGGCGCUAGCAAAGAGCUUGACGGGCGUGGAAAGAGCAGUUGCUGUGCAAAGCUAUGAGCAAGCGGUGAAGUUGCUGCUUCUGGGAGCCUGCGUGUUGACUCUGGCGGGUGCAGCUGCCCAGGCUGGGACUGGAUGGGUGCCUUAUAAGCAAGAGACACGAACGGAUGACUUUGAAGACUUGGAGUCGACCCCUGAAAGAGUUCGUUAA